GUCAUGAUUCACCACCAGGCAAAGACCUCCAACCACUUGUUGGCUCAGUACACAACCCAGUCUGGUGAAAAAAAAACAAAAAAAAUAAAGAAUAGAAUAGAAAAUAAAAUAGAAAAUAAUAAAUAAAUGAGAGUGAGGGCUGAGUACAUGGUGUAAGGGAGAGGUUGUGGGUGCAUUCAGGAAGAAGUAUUUAUGUGCUGUUGUGAGUCAGUUAACUGAGCUGAGGUUUGGUUACAGCGCACAACGCAGACACACACACAGAGCCGGGAUUUACUCAAGCUAAAAGCUGAUCUGCAUCCACCGAUCUGAGCAGCUGAGCAGCGCUAAGCACCAACUGAAGCUCCCGAGCAGCUACAGAAACGACAGAAAAUGCCGUGGACGCACAGAACCGUCCUCCUCUGUGUUUGGUUCAUCUACAUCACAUCAUCACUGGUGGCGGGUUUACAGGAAACGGAUGAGGACGGUCACCGCUGCGCCGAGCUCAACAGCACCACAUGGACGCAGUACCGGCAGAGAACCAAGCUGCAGGUCCAGUACCUGCUGCUGACCAGGCAGAACCCGGACUGUGCGCAGAGGUUCAACCAGGAGUCUCUCGCCAAGAGGAAAUCCUUCUUCAACGAGUCCCGUCCCACGAAGGUCGUCAUUCACGGGUACAGGGCCGUGGGCAGUAAACCGUCCUGGGUGACGAAGCUGGCCGAGGCCCUCCUCAGGGCUCAGGAUGUGAACGUGGUGGUGGUGGACUGGGUCUACGGCGCCUCCUUCGCAUACAACCUGGUGGUGGAGAAUUACAAAGAGGUGGCUCUGCAGAUCUCGGUCCUCAUCAAUCAGCUGCAGACACAUGGAUGCGAACUUGAGUCUUUCCACUUCAUCGGGGUCAGUCUGGGGGCUCACGUCGCUGGGUUUGUUGGGACUCUGUUCGAAGGAAGGAUUGGGAGAAUCACAGCCCUUGAUCCUGCAGGACCCAUGUUUAAAGGAGCGGACACCUACGACCGGCUGGACCCCUCUGACGCCAUGUUUGUGGACGCCAUCCACACGGACUCUGACUACUUUGGCAUCUCCAUCCCCGUGGGUCACGUGGACUUCUUUCUGAACGGAGGGAAGGACCAGACCGGAUGCACCCGCUCCAGGUUUGCCUCAAUUCUUGUGUACUUCCCAGUGUAUGGCUACGUGAUCUGCGACCACAUGAGGGCGCUGCACGUCUACAUGAGCGCGCUGAACGGCUCGUGCCCGUUGGUGGGGAUCCCGUGCCCCACGUACGACGACUUCCUGGAGGGACAGUGCAUGAGCUGUGACGUGUUUCAAGGGACGUGUCCAGUGAUAGGUUUAUCAAAAAACAGUGGCAUAACCGUUUCUCCGAUCCCAAGAGAGAAAAGACUUUUCCUCCUCACAACGUCUUCACCACCUUUUUGCGCUCAUCACAUCCUGCUGAUGCUGGAGGUUUUUCCCCUGGAUAAGAGCGCCGAGCUGGAGGUGACACUGAGGACCGAGGACCAGGAAACAAAGCAGACGCUCAGGCUUCACACGGGUACGACCGUAUACAGGAAGGUGAUGAUUCACCACGUGGCUUUGUGUAAGAUCAACACCAUCAGCCUGAAGAACACGGGAGCGUUCUACAGACAGGGAGAGAUCCACGUCAAGUCUGUUUGUGUCUCCGAGUUCCCCUCAGCCAGGCACGAAGAGCCGAUUUGUGUGAACCACUUUUACGUCAGACGACGAACUGCGUGGUCACAUGACUUUGUGAACGUUUGCGGCUUCUGAAGACAAAAAAAAAAAAAAAAAAUCCGUUGCAUGGAGUAGGUUUCACAUUUUUUCCAUCUCACUUUACAUUAGGGAACAAUAAUCAGCUAAACAUCAGUGUGCAGAGACAGAGAACCAUUGUCGAUUAGAUAACAUGCUCAUUUUUCAACUUUGUGAGUGAACUGUGAAGAAAUAUAUUAUUUUUUUUAUUUGUUUUUGUCAGACUCUGUCAUUUAGUUUUGCCUCUUAGCUCACUGCUACCUCUCAGAAGUGGUUAUAAAGUCAAACCUAUUCCCAUU